UCCAUCGCUGGCCGCCCCUGUUUCCCGUCCCGUUCGCCGCUGCUGUGCUCCCGGCAGCUCCUCCGCCCCUCCCGCAAGCUUCACCAGCCCCUCACCGCCCCACCGGGGAACUUCUCCACCGCCACGAGCGACGUAGGCAGUGGUAGCAGCAGCAGCACCAGCAGCAGCACCAGCAGCAGCAGCAGCAGUAGCAACAAACCGGCUCCUGUGCGAUCCCGCUGGCGCGCCGCAGUGAAACCAGUUAGCUACCCUCUUCUAGGCUAGCUAGCUGCUUUAUAGAUUUUCGAUUAACCGCGGGACCAUCAGUGAACAAUGGUGCCGGGAUCGUUGCACCCUGUCGGCGUGCUCUGAGACCUCAGCAGUCUGAACGGGCUAAGUGAAGUUGCUUAGGGGACAGAGGCUGGAAAGGAAGAGUGUCCAGGUGUCCGGGACUAGAGGACACGGUGUUCGAGAUUGAUCGAUCCGGGGGGGCGAGGGGAGCCUGUGCGUGAACCGAGUGACACCGGAAACGGGUAGCGCAUCCGCUGGCUGGAGUCAAGGGGACAUGAUGGUCGGGCAGUGAGGGCUGGCGCUGACGAGGGAGCCAAGCGAGAGGGAGGGUGUUUCGUCCAUGGUGGAUGGCGGAGGGAUCAUCGGAGAGGAUGACGCAGCACCGGGUCACACGCAGGACACUGCUGUCCGGGCUGGCGGCGAUGCACUUGCUCAUGCUGCACUCAGGUGUCGUGGCCCUUCGUAUGACGUCCCUGCAGAUACCGCAGCACGUGGUGCUGAAUGAGACGGUCCGUAUGCAGUGCAACUUCGACCUGGACCAGGAGUUACUGUACUCAGUGAAAUGGUACAAAGAUGGCCACGAGUUCUAUCGUUACGUACCUAGGGACGCGCCCACGGUACAGACGUUCCGCGUGCCCGGGGUCAACGUGAAUAUUCACAAUUCUACGGAGAAAUCGGUGGUGCUGAAGUCCGUCAACCUGACUAGCUCGGGGCGGUAUCGUUGCGAGGUGUCCGCCGAAGCUCCCGCGUUCCCAACCGUUUCGGGCCACGCAGACAUGAUGGUAGUAGUACUCCCUGACGAGGGCCCACGAAUAACCGGCGGCAGCGCGGGUUACCAAAUAGGCGACGUUUUCCGUAUGAACUGCACGUCCGCGCCCUCGAAACCCGCCGCCCUAUUGACUUGGUUCAUCAACGGAGAAACGGCUGAUACCCAGUACCUGACGGGACCGCACAUAACCGCGGUGGACGAGAAGGGCCUGGAGACCGCGGUAUUGGGCUUGGAGUUCCGUCUCGCCAACAAACACUUCAAGCGGGGCGACAUGAAGCUAAAGUGCUUGGCGUCUAUAGCGAACGUCUACCGGCGGAGCAAUGAGGAGAGCGUGGAGGGGGACGAGAGGAUCCUGAAAGCCCCUGUAAUGGAGAGCCGCGAGACCAGGGCGCAAAGCCACACUCGUAACGAUUUAACCAACGAUCUGAUCGCCAUCUAUCGGUUGAACUUGUGCACUAGUCGUUAUUUAAAUCUUGAACGUCUGAACAAGGCUAUGGAACCAAUGACACUAGGAUCACCAGUUGGAAGUCCUGUACAAACACCUGGAAGUCCGUCAGCUCCUGGGUACCUUCCAAAUUUCCUACUGGGAGAUACAACAAUACCAGCCAAAGUAAACCUAAUAGUUCCUCAGGACACUCCUAAACAAUUGCACAUCGGACAUAACAAUAUAACAUCUCCAUUAUCUCCAUUAUCGCACUAUGGUACCCCAGAUUACCGUUCCAAUCGACAGAAAGCAGUAUUCGGUAGUAGCAAUACGCCAAAUACUUCCCAAAUAGGCACAAUGAAUCAUACCGGUGGACCACCAACUAGAGGACUAUUUGAUACAUUGGAUUCAUCGCAAACAGCAUCACCAUAUAUAUCAACUGUAAAUCAGAGCAUUCCUCAUAAUCAAUCUAGGCUAUUAAUGAACUCUAUGAAUAAUUCUAUAUUCAAUGAUAGUCCAUUGAACCCAAACGCAAAUGAAUCGCAAGGGCUUUUGCAAUGGGUGACUGUUUUUGGUUUUCCCCCUAGUGACAUAAAUACUGUUCUAGCUCAUAUUUCAACUAGAGUUCGCAUAGUGGACAAACACGCAGCUCCCCAUCCGCAAAGUAAUUGGAUACAUUUAAAAUGUGCCUCGGAACAAGAAGCUCAAAGAGCUCUUGCAUGCAAUGGGAAUGUUGUCUCUGGAUCAAUUAUGAUUGGUGUAAUUCCCUGUACAGAUGAAGGUGUUAUAUUGGGUUCUGAUAAAGAGAAUCAAUCGAAAAUGAAUGGAAGUAUAAAAUGUUUCUCCAACUUUGGAAAAAUUAAUCAAUCCCCAGAGUACAGUACUCCAUGUACACCAAUUAAAAUACAAACUGCAAGACCUUUGGCAGCUGGUUACUAUCAGCAUCUUAGUCCUCAGUCAGUGAAAUCGACGGAGAAUGUACCACAAAAAUCCACUGGUCUAGUUUCUAAAGCAAUGGAAUAUAUGUUCGGAUGGUAACUUUUAAUGAACAGAAUUGUGGAUAUUCACUAAUGACAAAUACGAUUUAAUUAUAAUUCGCUUAGCUUCAUAAAAAUUAAAUAUAAUGGAUAAUGACUAAUUUGAGAGAGGAAUAGUUAAGGACCCUAAAAAAAAUUGUUUACUUACUGUAUUUUUACUACCUAAAUAGUAAGAAAUAUAAAUCUUUAUAAACAUCAAAUAAUUAUCACACAAUGUUAUUAUUAAGCUACAAUUCUAUCAUAUUUUUUUACACUUACUCUACAUACCACUGUAUACAUGUUAUGUUUCUAUAUUAUACUGUGUUUAACUUAGAAAUAAUUCUGUAGCUCUGAACCACGUGUAUUGCACGGAUAUUAAAAUGGUUCGAUUUAUUAUGUACCAGUAAAUUUUCAUUGCCUUAUCAGUAUUAUACAAAAGAUCAGUUAUAUGCAACAAAUUAUCAGUACACAGUAGACACUGUCUUUAUAAUUAGCAAAUUCCUCUCUCCUAUUUCGAAUGUAUUAUAUGAUUGUAACUUUAUACAUAUUUUUCAUUAAGAAUAAACAAUUGUUGCUACUAUGGUGAGAUUA